UUCGUCGUCGUAAUUAACGAUGGUAUAAUGGAAAUAUGAGCCACUAUUACAAAAAUUUGGAUAAGUUAUAAUAUCUACUCCAUUGGCAAACAUACCAUUUAUACCUUUACCUAUACCAGUAUGUGACUGAGAAUGAUCGCGAUAAAUUGGCAUUUUCUAAGAAAAUUUUUCUCUCGUGAAAUUUGUAUGAUGUUAUUGCAUUUAAGUACGUACAUACCAUAUGUGUACUGCAGUAAAAACUACUUUUUUCAAUAAUAUCUAUAGUGGAUACCUACUACUUACCUACCUACACCACAGUUCAGUUUAAUCGCGAAUAUUGACGAUAGUGUAUGUGUUUAAAACUUUGAGAACAUGUCAAGUAUUUGAACAAAAUAUCAAAAUAAUUUUAUAAAAUUCUAAAAAGUGUCCGGUGCUUGAUUAUCAUUGAUAAUAAUGUAUGAAAAAUUAUUUUCGUCGGUAGAAAAAACUCACGUAUUUGUAAUAAAGUAAAAUUUACGUUCAGUUUUUAAAUGCAACCAUUUUUUUGAAUAUUGCUACUUUAUCAACACCAGGAUUAUUAUGGUGUAACAUCAGCAAAAAUUGACGAACAUCACAAGGAAACACCACCAAGAUGUCAACCGAAGCAUCAUACUGCCCACCUACAUUACUGAAAAUUGGCCGAUACUACGAAGUCAACAUGCACGUUCCAUCCAAUAUAAUAAUAUGUUUUUUCGGCGCCGUUUCAAAUCUCCUCAAUCUACUGGUAUUCACAAGGAAACCGAUGAUUUCACCACCCAACCUGAUAUUCACUCAUUUAGCUCUGGUCGACUUUCUAGACCUAUUGGCUCGUUUUUUAUCAGCUGGGCUGAAAUGUAUGUAUUAUCACGAUCCUGAAACACAAUUGACCUACUGGUGGGCAGUGUUUAGAAUAUGGUAUAAUGCUCUGACAGCCACGGCUCACUUUAUGUCAGUAUUUCUCACAGUGUUGUUGACCUUAAGGAGAUACAUAGCUGUAGUAUAUCCGCUGAAGGAACGUCAAUGGUGCAGUAUGAAAAUAACGAGAAAUGUGGUGAUUGCUGGUUACAUAAUGUGCAUCAUUUUGCUGGGUGUACCGACGUAUUUAUCGCGUGAGAUAGUCACGACGAAUGUAAAUCAAACGAUCACUUAUAAAUCUACUUAUGAAAAAAGUCCAAUUAUGCACGGAACAUCGUCCAUCGUGAAGGGAGUAAUUGGUAGAUUGGUACCAGCAGUUGUGCUGACUUGGUUAACUUAUAGACUCAUCGUCAUUUUAAUAGCAAGAAAAACCCACCAAGAACAAUUAACUCAGUCUGCAACCGUUGGAAAUCAAAUGAAAACGACCAAAAUGAAACAACAAAUCAACAGAUCAACAACCAUACUAUUCACAGUCGUGGCUUUAUUUUUCAUAGCCGAAUUUCCUAAAGGAAUACUGAGUUUGCUGCGAAUGAUUUACAAUGAAAAAGCCACCGUGAUUCGUAAAGAAUGUUUCACUUCGCUGCAAACAAUAUUCCAGUCCAUAACUAAUUUUAAUAUUUCCAUCACAUUCGUAGUAUAUUAUACGCUGAGUCAUCAAUUUAGAAGCACGUUUAGAUCUAUGUUUAGUUGUAAUAAUUCUGUUUCCAAUCAAAAACAAACCACUGUUGUUUCGGAAGAUAUCAAAGAAACUGAUGUUUCAUGUACAAAAACUGAUGCAGUUCAAUAAAUAUAUCUA